UGUUUGUGCGCGCUCAUGUCGCGUGCUGUGUUUUCUUCAGCACUGGAAAUCAGACGCAUUGCAUUGUUGCGCGCGCGAGUCGAGCUGAGAUGCAGGCGCUGUUCUCUCCUCUUCAGCAUGCUCGAGCUUCACCUGUGAACAUCCACGCUUUACUGCUAUGACACCUGGGUCCUGACAGCACCGGAUCUCUCUGCGCCUCGGAGCCGACAUGAAGCGCCAUGGAGCGGCGGUGCUGCUGACGCUGUGCGCGCUCCUCCAGUGCAUAGAAGCAAAGAAGUACUGCUGGUAUAUUGAAGGAGGAUACCCCAUCUAUUUCAUAUGUCGCUCGUAUGAGGAUUGUUGUGGGACUCGCUGCUGCAUCCGAGCGCUUUCCAUCCAGAGACUCUGGUAUUUCUGGCUGCUGCUGAUGAUGGCUGUGCUGUUCUGCUGCGGCGCCGGCUUCUUCAUUCGCCGGAGGAUGUAUGCGUCUGCGCUCAGCGAGGAGCCUGCCUUCAACGUGUCCUUCACCAGACACCCGGUCAGCUCGCCAGUCUCCCAGCAACCAGGCAUGCAAGGCUACGGUGACCCCUGCGGCGCCAUGACAACGACCCUGACCCCUGCAUACCCGGGUCAGCCGGCUCCAUCACACAUGCUGAGCUCGUACCCUCCGCCGCCCUCCUACUGCAAUCAUCCACCUCCCUCCUACGAGCAGGUCUUCAAGAACGCAGAGAAGAAGAACCACAGCCAGUCCUCACAAUGAGAGACCAUCGUCUCCAGGAUCUCUCCUUUUUAUUUGCUUGAUUUCAGGACGCCUCUUUCUUGCCUGUUCCCAGUCUGUUGUUUUAUUGUUUGACAGGUGCACUACGGAGGAGCAAACAAGAGAACAAACGUCCUGAUGGGAUGCACAAUUUCAAACAGACUUCUCUAUCUGACAGAGCUUUGAAGAAGCUGUCAGAACAUGAAGCAUUGAAGAUACUGAGAGUUUCCGCUUUCUUUGAAAAGUGGCUCGUCAGGCUGAAGUGGACCUCGACAAGGUGGAAAGAACCCAUUGACCUUCUGGAGAACAGGCUGAGAUGCCGUGGAAAAUACAUGACAUCCAUCUAUCACCCGUCCAUCAGAAUCCUAACAGCAGGGAGUUACGUACUGUAGACAGCGCUUCUGAUCUCCGAUCAAGCGUUUUAUCGUAUUACAAUAUCAUGCGAUAAUGAUGACGGGUCGCAGUACUCAUGGCACCUGAGCCUACCAAACACCACUGAAUCAAAAUUAAAAAGCUAAGUGUGACUUUUAUCUCGCAGUUCUGACUUUUAUGUGACUUCAAGAAACUCACAAUUGUAAGAAAACAAUAUUUAAAUUGUCUUUUUUUCCCUCAGAAUUGAAAUUUUUAACUUGAAUGUUUAUCGAACAAUUCUUAGAAAAAAAUUCGGAAUUGUAAGAAAAGUUCAUUGUGACUUUAUCUCACAAAACGUUUUCUCGCAAUUAAGAGUUUGCAUUAAAAAAAGUAAGAAUUCUGAGAUGUAAACUCAAAACUCUGAAGUCAACUAUCAGAAAAGUCUGAAUUUUAGGUUAUAUCACGCAAUUCUGACUUUUUCUGACUUUAACACG